GGAUCGAUUGGGAGCGAGGAAAGAAAAGGAAAGGAAAGUGAAUUAUUUGAAUGGGCCGAGUGGAUCCAGGAGCGCGCUGUCGUGUGAAAGACUAAAAAGGGCGAGAAAACACAAACAAAAAAAACACAAUAUUUGAGAAAAGGUUGAAGGAUCGUUUUAAACCGUUGGAGGAGUUGGAUAACUAAGCGAAGUACAAAGAAACGCGGUGGGAUUUUUUUUGUUUUCUCUUCCUAGAGGGAAAGGGACGGGCCACCUCGUCGUUUUGGCGACGAGGAAAUCGGUCGUAUGUCGACUGGAAGGAUUAUUCUAUUGAAAAGCUGGUCGCGAAUGGAUUGAAAACAUUUUCAUCACAUUCCUGGUUUCACGUCUUUAGUGAGAUUCCGCAGGAAUGCAGAGGUGAUUUGGGGGUAAAACAGCGGGUAGAGAAGCGCUGAAAUGGGCCAGCCAAACGAAUGAGAAUGGGAGUCGCUUGGGUUAAUGGGACUUUGUUUUGAGAGGUAGGCUAGCUAACUGCUAAUAUAAUUACUCGAUUACUGUUGGCCUCAGCGUUCACCUUCUACCGACGGAAAGAUUUUCUCCCUCAAGAACCAAACUAACGUUACAUUCCUUUGGAAAUCGGACACAGUCGCUUUACUGUGCGCGACGGUAACCGACCUCCUCCUGCCACCUCCAGCACCCCCUCCCUCUCUCCUUCUCCUCACCCUCUCCUCCGGCCUCCAAGAUAGAUUCCCUCAGGAGUAAGGUCGAUCUGCUGAAGCUCCCGCUCGCCCUCUCUGCCAAGUCCCUCUCGCAGCGGAAGAGCCAGCAGGGCGGCGCCAGGGAGCCAGGCAACGGGGGAGGGGCCAGGAAGCCCCGCCCAGCCAGCCGCCCGGGGGAGAGAGACAUGGACACCGAGUCGCAGUACAGCGGCUACUCCUACAAGAGCUCGCACUCGCAUAGCUCCCGCAAGCACAGGGGCAGGAGGGACCGGCAUCGCUCCAAGAGCCGAGAUGGCAGCAGCAGCAGAGGGGACAAAUCCGUCACCAUCCAGGCCCCCGGGGAACCCCUGCUGGACAACGAGAGCACCCGCGGGGACGACAGGGACGACAACUGGGGCGAGACCACCACGGUGGUGACGGGCACGUCGGAGCACAGCGUGUCGAACGAGGACCUGACGCGCGUCUCCAAGGAGCUGGAGGAGUCGUCGCCGCUGGCGUGCCGGCGCUGGGCGGGGCCGGUGGCGAGCGGCUGCCUGGGCCUGUUCGCCAUGGCGACGCCGCUGGCCUUCCUGCUGCUGCCGCAGCUGCUGUGGCGGGACCGGCUGGACCCCUGCGGCACGCCGUGCGAGGGCCUGUACGUGUCGCUGGCCUUCAAGCUGCUGGUGCUGCUCAUCUCGUCCUGGGCGCUGUUCCUGCGGCCGCCGCGCGCCACGCUGCCCCGCGUCUUCGUCUUCCGCUCGCUGCUCAUGGUGCUGGUGUUCCUGUUCGUGGCCUCGUACUGGCUGUUCUACGGCGUGCGCGUGCUGGAGCCGCGGGAGAAGGACUACCGCGGCAUCGUGGACUACGCCGCCUCGCUGGUGGACGCGCUGCUGUUCAUCCAGUACCUGGCGCUGGUGCUGCUGGAGGUCCGGCACCUGCAGCCCGCCUUCUGCCUGAAGGUGCUGCGCACCACCGACGGGGCCAGCCGCUUCUACAACCUGGGCCACCUCAGCAUACAGAGAGCUGCAGUCUGGGUGUUGGAGCAGUACUACAGUGACUUUCCUGUCUACAAUCCGGCCCUGCUCAACCUGCCCAAGUCCAUCCUCUCCAAGAAGAUGUCUGGCUUCAAAGUCUACUCCCUCGGUGAAGAGAACAGCACCAAUAACUCCACGGCCCAGUCGCGGGCCAUGAUCGCGGCCGCCGCCCGUCGCCGUGACAACUCCCACAACGAGCUGUACUACGAGGAGGCGGAGAUGGAGCGCCGGGUUCGGAAACGCAAGGCCAGGCUGGUGGUGGCGGUAGAGGAGGCCUUCACACACAUAAAGCGUCUGCAGGAGGACGAGCCGGCGGCGUCUUCGCCCAAGAGCGCGCGGGAGAUCAUGGACCCGCGGGAGGCGGCUCAGGCCAUAUUCGCGCCCAUGGCCCGCGCCAUGCAGAAGUACCUGCGCACAACCCGCCAACAGCCCUACCACAGCAUGGAGAGCAUCCUCACACACCUGCAGUUCUGCAUCACACACAACAUGACCCCCAAGGCGUUUCUAGAGCGUUACUUGGCUCCGGGCCCGACGCUGCAGUACCAGCGGGAGAACAGCAGGGGGCGAGAGUGGACGCUGGUGAGUGAGGAGCCGGUGACCUCCGCCCUCCGCCAGGGCCUGGUCUUCUCCCUGCGCCGCCUGGACUUCGCGCUGGUCGUCACGGUGAUGCCCAUCCCCUUCCUGCGUCUUGGUGAGGAGUUCAUCGACCCCAAGAGCCACAAGUUUGUGAUGCGUCUGCAGUCGGAAACCUCUGUGUGACGCAACCUCCCCGCCCUCUGAAGUGUGCAAGCCCCAAACCCUUCCCCCGGGAACCGUCAAACCGCUCAGAGGAGUUCCACGUGCAAACCCCUCAUCACAUUGACCAACCAAGUUGGGACAUCAGCAUUUUUAACCAAUCAGUAGUCGGGACUGUGAAGUAAUGAGUAAUUGGUGACCAAUCACUGGCCUGCUUUUUUUUUUUUGGUUGGUUGAGGACUAGGUCAGCUGAUCACUAAAUGGAAACCCACUGGAACCAUAAGCACUCAUCCCCCAAACCCACUGUAACCCCCUCACGACCACACCCAUCCAUGCCCAAGCCACACCCAACGCCUGUUCCUUACCCCCCUGAAACCACCCCGCCUCCCUGUCUCGUCUCUCCGUAUUACCAGUUUAACAGCUCGCGCCUUAAUCACAUUCACAACCGUGUUGCCAAAUACUGCCCCCUGACAGGCACAGGUGUAUGAAGGCUCUUUAGUGUGUUCUGAUUUCAUUUUUUAUUUUUUUAUUUUUAUUAAUCUGCCAAAUUUGGACCUAUGGAGGGAGGUGGUUUACAGACACUGCAGAUGUUCUGCAAAUGUUUUCUCAAUGUUUUUCCAGAGAAAUGUACCGUUAACCCCAGACUGGCGGGAGCUGUGGAAUGGGGACUCUCGCGGCAUAGUGUGUGUAGAUGUAGCUAAGUCGUCGACAGAUGAAGACCUGAUUUUUAUUUUUUAUUUUUCUUCUGCAUGGACGCCUGACUGCCGGGGGUGUCUUCCCUUCCACUUCCUGCCAAAUUGAGCACCAUUCCAAGAUGCCUCAUAUGACCACUGUACCAUUUCUCAGCUGGUCACUUGACUACCACGUCCAUUUUAAGGGCUAGCAACUCUGUACCCUGAACUACGCACAGCAGGACCCCACCAGAACCCAGACUGGCUACUUCAUUCACUCGACCAACUGCCCCUGACUGGCGACUUCACUCACUCGACCAACUGCCCCUGACUGGCUACUUCACUCACUCGACCAACUGCCCCUGACUGGCUGCUUCACUCACUCGACCAACUGCCCCUGACUGGCUACUUCAUUCACUCGACCAACUGCCCCUCACUGGCGACUUCACUCACUCGACCAACUGCCCCUGACUGGCUGCUUCACUCACUCGACCAACUGCCCCUGACUGGCUGCUUCACUCACUCGACCAACUGCCCCUGACUGGCUACUUCAUUCACUCGACCAACUGCCCCUCACUGGCGACUUCACUCACUCGACCAACUGCCCCUGACUGGCUGCUUCACUCACUCGACCAACUGCCCCUGACUGGCUACUUCAUUCACUCGACCAACUGCCCCUGACUGGCUACUUCACUCACUCACAGCUGCUGACCGACUGAUUCAUUCUUUAGUCUCUGGCUGCGUCUCAGACCAGAGGCAGUUGCCUUGAUGCCUCGUCGCCUUGCUGCCUUGACUGGUGACCGUCCUUCGAAGGUGUCUUCGGGGGGGAAUGGGGCGGCACGCAAGGACACGCACUUUGAAGGCAGGAGGUCAUCACCCGAAGGUUACCUGAUGUGUGGUAACGGGCGAGUUGUGGCUAGUCUGGUGAAAGCUCAACGAGGCUUAAACCCAUUAAAUGCGUUACUCUGCUGUAUUAAAUAAUUCAAAUGCAUUUAAAAAAAGAUAUAUAUAUAUCACUACGAAGCAGCUCUGUACAGUCAUGCUGGUCAGCUCCUCUGCAGUUCUGUGCGGGCUCUGUUGCCAUUUGUUUUUUUUUUAACGGGAUGUAAGAAUCCUGAGGUUAAUCGCAAGGACGUAUGGGGUAUCCUUCCCCGUGGAGGAUGCAAAUGAAGGCACCGUGGAAGGCAUCAUUUUUGCCCCGUAGGACUGCAAUCAAUGCCUUCCUGCCUUAGAAAACUGCAUUUCAAACUGCAAACUGACUCACAGCCACUGACUGGCUGAUUCACUCACAAGCACUGACUGACUUGAUUCAUUCAUAAACUGUCUUGCUGGCUGAUGCACUCACUUGACUGACUCAUUUAUUACCCAUCACUGACUGACUGGCUGAUUCACUCACAAGCACUGACUGACUGAUUCAUUCAAAAACUGUCUUGCUGGCUGAUGCACUCACUUGACUGACUCAUUUAUUAUCCAUCACUGACUGGCUGAUUCACUCACUGACUGACUCAUUUAUUAUCCAUCACUGACUGGCUGAUUCACUCACUGGCUUGCUUAAUUUAUUAACAGUGACUGACUGACAGAUUCGCUCUGACCGACUCACUCUGCUUGACACCCUCGCUGGUUCAAUAACCGAUUAACUCACUGACUCGAUUGUUCGCGUACGGAUCUUCCUGGAUCUUCUGUCCUUGAAUGUAAUCACUCGGGAUUUUUUUUUUUUUUUUUUUUACUGGCCAAGUCCGUGCCCCGGGGCCACAGACAGACGGGCGGCCCGGCCGGGAUGUGUGUCGCGGAAACCAACACGGGCGCCGACCGUCGUCUCCGCCCGGCGGUCUGGUGUCCGUAGCGCUAGGAUGGGCCGACGCGCGCUCCGUGUUUGUACCCGGCGCUGCCAACCGAAAACCGAACCAGCUCUGCCAAGACCGCUGAUGCGGGAUCGGUUUUUCCUCCGUCCCUGCCUUCCUGCGCGGCUGGGCGCUGAUCCGGGAUCGGUGGGGGGUGGGGGGGGGUGGUC